AUGCACUUCUCAGCCCUAUCUCUUGGUCUCAUGUUCCUCCUCGCUGCCGCCCACGCGCAUCCCAGCAGCCCCGUGGGCGCAACCCGAUUCGCAAAACGGCAAGGGAAGGACCUCGGAAACAGCGCCUGCGUGGGCGCCUGCGUUAAAGCCCCAGAGACUUUGGACUGUGGAAAAAAUAUACAGUUCCGCCCCCACCAGGGAUGCUACAUUUGCUGCUACUCGGAUGCAAGGGAAGGCGGCGUGCCGGUCACCACGGCGGAUCGUGGUGCUGGGCGGUUCUAA